AGGACACAUUAGCUUAAAAACAUUUUGUCUAUGCAAAACCAAUGUGGCGCCUGGAGCAGAAGCGUCAAGUUAUGGUGUUUUGCAUUAGACAUUAGUAAAUAGUUUUUGUACUUUUAACUAAAUGUCAGUGGAUUUUUUGACUUAAAUUGAAUAUGAGUAGAUAUUACGAUUUUGGUAAUGCGAUAUCAUGUUGAGAUGAAAGUGUCGGUCGUCAACAAUGGUUAAAACACGAUCUUCAGCGCGAGUAGUUAACGCGGCCCCGAGCGCGCCCGCCGAGAACGGCAAUGGCUCGGAACUUAGGACGCGCCUCAAAACCAAUGAAAAAGGACAACGCGCGCAAAAGAACUUACCAUUUAGGAAUAACCAAGCGCUGUCGUCGAGCGGCGUGGGUCCCGGCGGCGGGCAGGGCAAGGACCCACUCGCGCCCGCGUUGCCAGGCUCGCGCAGCAUGUACCAGCACCCUGCUGUCACCGGGUACAACCCGCAGGACACGCGCGCACAGGCACUCUCCGUCACGGCGCGCACUGCGCAGGCGCGGCAGAGCCCGAUGUACGCGGGCGGCAUGUACCACGGGUACGGCGGAGCGGCGGGUGCGCCGCUGGCGCCCAUGGCCGCGCCCUCUCCCACCACCCCGCUGCCGCCCUUCCCUGUCUACCCAGAUGUUAAGUUUAAAAGAUUACCAUUCUACGAUGUGAUGGCUGAGCUAAUGAAGCCGUCUACAAUGAUGCCAAUGCAGACAGGUCGUCUGCAGGAAGGCACCUAUGUGUUCCACCUCACACCGCAGCAGGCCACCGAGAUUGCCUCCGGAAAGGAUAUCGUUGGCACCAGUAACAAACUUGAUUAUGUUAUACAGGCCCAAUUAAGGUUCUGCCUGUUAGAGACGUCAUGUGAACAAGAAGAUUAUUUCCCACCUAGUGUUUCAGUUAAAGUAAACAACAAAUUAUGUCCAUUGCCUAGCCCGUUACCGACAAACAAGCCGACGCCGGAACCGAAGCGGCCGCCGCGGCCUGUCAACAUCUCCUCCCUGGUGAAGCUGUCGCCCACAGUCGCCAACACUAUCCACGUCACGUGGGCGGCGGACUUCACGCGCGCAUACGUCCUCAGCGUGUUCCUUGUACGCAAGCUGACAUCAGCUGAGCUGCUGCAGCGACUCAAGAAUAAAGGCACCAAGAAUGCGGACUACACACGCUCGCUUAUCAAAGAGAAGUUAUCCGAGGACUACGACAAUGAGAUAGCGACGACGUCCCUGCGAGUGUCGCUGAUGUGUCCGCUGGGCAAGAUGCGCAUGUCGUGUCCGUGCCGGCCUGCCAACUGUCCGCAUCUGCAGUGCUUCGAUGCCUCGCUCUUCCUGCAGAUGAACGAGCGCAAGCCCACCUGGCUCUGUCCCGUCUGUGAUAGACCAGCGCCAUAUGACUCAUUAGUUGUUGAUGGGUACUUCCUGGAGGUGCUGACGUCAGCGCGGCUGUCGAGCGAGUGCAACGAGAUCCAGCUGCACGCGGACGGCAGCUGGUCUGCGCACACGCCGCCCCCGCGCGCCCCGCUCCCCGCCGCGCCCCUGCCGGAGCCCGUCACUCUCAUACCUGAUGACUUAGAAAUAAUACCAGUAGAGGGCACAGGAGGAGGGAAGCGGGCGGCGGUGGGGGAGGGCCGUACGCCGAAGUCCACCGAGGCCCUCGUCGAUCUCACCUCCGACUCGGAGGACGAGGUGCCGCUCAAGAGGAAGGUGCCUCAGCCCAAGCACACGCCGCCCGCCGAUAUCAAGGCUGACGACUACUCAUCUUCAAACGCGGAGGCGGUGUCAUCGAGCGGGUACCGGUCGCCGGGCGCGUGCGCGUCCGCGUGCGGCGUCAUCUCCCUCGACAGCCCCUCCCCGCCCUCAGCGCACUCCCCGCCCGCGCCCGCCGCGCACCCCCACCCCGCACACCCCGCACACACCGCGCACACCGCAGACACAUCGCCGCCGCAAGACUGUACAACCAACAACUCGGAUCGAGAAGGCAAUGAAUCUGCGCCUACGCAUUGGGCGCCUUACGCUGAUGCCGAGCGAGACAAUCACGAAGUUUAUAGAAGGUACUGACUGAGGGAGAAGAGUGGUCGCCCGUCAUACGCCAGCGACCAUUCUUCUGAAGACGAACAAAAACCAACCUUCCUUGAAGUGCCGCUCCAGACGCAAUCAAACUAACAGGCUGGAAUAUAACAAGGAUCCAGUCUGUACUCAAGUAUCCAAGCUGAAAAGAGUUAGUCUGGACUUAAUCCAUCUAGUGUUUCACUGACGGUUCACUAUGUCUCGGCUCUUCUAAAGAUUUUAUCUCCUUGGCUAAGAUGCCUAAAGCUGAAUAUAGCUUAUUUAUAAAUAUAAUUUAUUAAGACAAAUUUAUAGAAUACCGCCUUACGUCGAUCAUAAUUUUCUUUAUAAUUUCUAUGACUUGACAAAUUUCAUAUAAGACAACCAAGAUUUCAUAAGACAGGGAAAAAUUAUUUAUUCUGAUUUUUCAAGUUUUUGUCUCGUAUUCCUAUAACAGCAAUAUGCAAAAAUGAUACAUUUCUAUAUUAAAGAUAUUAGGUCCCGUGGAUUGAAUAUCUUUUGAGACCUUUUAAAAGAAAAAAAAAACUGUGUCGAUUACGUUCCAGUGUCCCCUUUUAUAAUUUUAUAUCUAAUUGUCGCAAAAUAAAUUUUGCUAUUAAAUUUUAAAAGACAGAAAGUUACAACUUU